AACAAAUCCCGGAAAAAGCGUCGAUAUCAACAUGACAGGAGUGUGAAUACAUUUCCCUGCUCAGAUCUAUAGAAAUGACCGACUCAGCCCGGGCAGACAUGGAAAACGAGGCUUUUUCUCCACUGCUGGAGCAGUUCAUGCUCACUCCUCUGGUCUGCUGGGUGAAGACAGCCGGACAGUCGACAGUGACCGACGGCAGCAACUUAUCAGAGUAUAUUGAGUUAGUGGAUGGGAUUUACCUGAACGAGAUCAUGCUGGAGAUAAAUCCUAAAGCUACUGUGCAGAGGACCAACAAGAAAGUGAACAAUGACCCCACGCUGCGCAUUCAGAACCUUUCCAUUCUCAUACGACAGAUUAAAGACUACUACCAGGAGAGUCUCCAGCAGCUAGUGAUGAUGCCUUUACCCAAUGUUCUGGUGCUGGGCAGAAGCCCUCUCUCUGAUCAAGGUCUGGAGGAGACGAAAAAGCUGCUGCUGCUGCUUCUAGGAUGUGCUGUCCAGUGCGAGAAGAAGGAAGAGUACAUCGAGCGCAUCCAGACCCUGGAUUUUGACACCAAAGCUGCCAUCGCAUCUCACAUCCAAGAGGUGACUCAUAACCAGGAGAAUGUGGUGGACCUGCAGUGGUUGGAAAGUGGGGAAGUGCCCAACGAGGAUCUGGACAGCCUAUCCAGAAAUCUGGCUUUCCACCUCAAACACCUGGUGGAUGAAAGGGACACACAGCUGGAGACGAUUGUGGAGCUCACCCAGGAGAGAGACUGUGUGCAGCUGUCUCCACUGGCCCCCUGUGCCACCCAGUCUCCUGGUGACUCCCCCAGUAUGAGAAGGACUGAAAGUCGACAGCACCUCUCCGUGGAGUUGGCUGAUGCCAAGGCCAAAAUCAGACGCCUGCGACAGGAACUAGAGGAGAAGAGUGAGCAGCUUCUGGACACCAGACAGGAGCUGGAGAACAUGGAAGUGGAGCUCAAGAGACUUCAGCAAGAGAGCUUUCAGCUGCUGUCGGACGCUCGGUUGGCUCGGGCCUACCGCGACGAGCUGGACGCCCUCAGAGAGAAAGGUAUACGUGUCGACAAGUUGGAGAGUGAGCUCAGCCGAUAUAAGGAGAGACUCCAUGACAUUGAGUUUUACAAGGCAAGAGUGGAGGAGCUGAAAGAGGACAAUCAGAUUCUCUUGGAGACCAAAACCAUGCUGGAGGAGCAACUGGAUGCUAGCAGAACCCGAUCUGACAAACUGCACCUCCUGGAGAAAGAAAAUCUGCAGCUCAAAUCCAAGAUGCAUGAUCUAGAGAUGGAACGGGACUUGGACCGUAAGCGUAUGGAGGAGCUGUUGGAGGAGAACCUUGUGUUGGAGAUGGCCCAAAAACAGAGCAUGGAUGAGUCUCUGCACUUGGGCUGGGAGCUGGAGCAACUAUCGAAGACACCGGAGCUGACUGAUGUCCCACAGAAGUCUUUGGGUGAGGAGGUGAACGAGUUGACGUCAAGCCGCUUGUUGAAACUGGAGAGAGAAAAUCAAGCCCUGCUGAAGACGGUGGAGGAUCUCAGAGGAGCAGCCAGUCAGGAUUCCAUCACACAACUGGCCAAACUCAUCCAAGAAAACCAGAAACUGAACCACAAAUCAGCGCAGCUGGAGAGCGAGCUGACAGCAGACAGAGAGUCGCUCCGCAGUGCUGAGUCACUGAGUACAGAUCUGAUGAAGGAGAAGGCUUUGCUGGAGAAAACUCUGGAGACGCUGCGGGAAAACUCAGAAAGACAGCUGAAAGGUCUGGAGCAAGAGAACAAGCACCUGAGCCAAACUGUAUCAUCUCUACGUCAGCGCUGCCAGGUGGGAGCAGAGGCCCGCGUCAAAGACGUGGAGAAGGAGAACCGUGUUCUUCACGAGUCCAUCUGUGAGACCACCGCCAAGCUGAAUAAGAUGGAGUUUGAAAGGAAGCAGCUCCGUAAAGAGCUUGAAGUAAUGAAGGAGAAAGGUGAAAGAGCUGAGGAGUUGGAGAUUCAGAUUCAGAAGCUGGAACGAGAAAACGAAAGUCUGCAGAAGAAAGUUGCCAGUCUUGGGAUCACCUGUGAAAAGGUGACUUCUUUGGAGAAGGAGAACUCUGAGCUGGAAGCAGAGGGCCGUCGUUUGAAAAAGAAAGCGGAUGCUCUGAAGAACAUGGCCUUCCAGCUAGAAGCUGUAGAAAAGGAUAACUCUCAGCUGGAGCAGGAAAACCUGGAGCUUCGGCGCUCAGCAGAGUCUCUCCGGUCAGCGGGAGCUAAGGCCGCUCAGCUGGAAUCUGAGAACCGGGAGCUAGAGAGCGAGAGGAGCCAGCUGAAACGCAGCCUGGAGCUGCUGAAGGCCUCAUCCAAAAAAACAGAAAGACUAGAGGUGAGCUACCAGGGCCUUGACACAGAGAACCAGCGCUUGCAGAAGGCUUUAGAGAACAGUAGCAAGAAGAUUCAGCAGCUUGAGGCAGAGCUGCAGGAAGUAGAAACUGAGAAUCAAACUCUACAACGUAACCUGGAGGAGCUGAAGAUUUCUAGUAAACGCCUGGAGCAGCUGGAGCAGGAGAACAAGACCCUGGAACAGGAAAGCUCUCAGCUGGAGAAAGACAAGAAGCUUCUGGAGAAGGAGAACAAGCGUCUGAGGCAACAGGCCGAGAUCCGCGACUCCAAGCUGGAGGACAGCAACCAGCGAAUCUCUGUCUUGGAGAAGGAGAACCGCACCAUGGGCAAGGAGAUGAUCUUCUUUAGGGACUCCUGCACACGAGUCAAAGACCUGGAGAGAGAGAACAAGGAGCUGGUCAAACAGUCCAGCAUCGAAAAGAAGACACUGAUGGCGCUCAGGGAGGAACUUGUGAGUGAGAAGCUGCGAACUCAGCAGAUGAAUAAUGAUUUGGAGAAGCUGACUCACGAGUUGGAGAAGAUUGGUCUGAACAAAGAGAGGCUCCUCCACGACGAGAGCUCCGACGACAGGUUUAGGCUCCUGGAAACCAAACUGGAGUCGACUCUGAAGUCUUCUUUGGAGAUUAAAGAGGAGAAAAUAGCUGCUUUAGAGGCCAGACUGCAGGAAUCCUCCAACCUCAACCAGCAACUUCGUCAAGAGCUGAAAACUGUGAAGAAAAACUAUGAGGCACUUCGUCAAAGAGAGGAGGAGGAAAGGAUGGUCCAGAGCUCGCCCUCUAAAGGAGAACACUCUGCUGUCAGUAAAUGGGAAAAAGAAAGUCAAGAAGCCACCAGAGAACUGCUGAAGGUCAAAGACAGAUUAAUUGAAGUGGAGAGGAAUAAUGCAACGCUGCAGGCGGAGAAGGUGGCCCUGCGGAGCCAGCUCAAACAAUUGGAAACUCAAAGCUCCAACCUGCAGGCGCAGAUAGUUGCCCUGCAGAGACAGACCGCCUCUUUACAGGAGAACAACACUACGCUACAGAUGCAGAACGCCAAACUGCAGGUAGAAAACUCCACCCUGAGCUCGCAGAGUGGAGCCCUGAUGGCCCAGAACGCCCAGCUGCAGAGCCAGCAGAGCAGCGUGGAGGGGGAGCGAGAGGGAGCACUGAAAGACAAAGAAGAGCUGAGGGCGACGUACGAGCUGCUGCUCAGAGAUCACGAGAAGCUGGCAGCGCUCCACGAGAGGCAGGCGGCUGAGUACGAAGCUCUGAUCACAAAGCACGGCGGUUUGAAGACAUCCCACAAGAGCCUGGAGCAACAGCACAGGGACUUGGAGGACAAGUACAAGCAGCUCUUGCACAGGAAAGGAGAACUAGAGGAACUGGAGAAAAAUCUCAAGGAACAGCAGGAAAAAAUGGCUCAGGAGAACCAGAGCCACCGAGCCACAGCUGACCAAUGCAAACAACUGAAAGAGGAGAACGACAGACUCAACACUACCUGUCGUCAGCUGGUGAAGGACAACGAGAACCUCCAGCUGGACCAUAAGAGCAUGAAGAGCCAGUUGAACAGUGCGAAGCUGGAGCAGACCAAGCUGGAGGCAGAGUUCUCCAAACUGAAAGAGGAAUAUCAACAGCUCGACAUCACCUCCACAAAACUCACCAACCAGUGUGAGUUGUUGAGCCAGCUGAAAGGAAACCUGGAGGAAGAAAACCGUCACCUGUUGGACCAGAUUCAGACUUUGAUGCUGCAGAACCGCACACUUUUGGAGCAAACCAUGGAGAGCAAGGACCUGUUUCACGUGGAGCAAAGACAAUACAUAGAUAAGUUGAAUGAGCUGAGGAGACAGAAGGAGAAGCUGGAGGAAAAGAUCAUGGACCAGUACAAAUUCUAUGACCCUUCACCUCCACGCAGACGUGGCAACUGGAUCACUCUGAAGAUGAAGAAGCUGAUCAAGCCAAAGAGUCGGGAGAGGAUGCGCUCCCUCACGCUGACUCCGUCUCGUUCCGAGCUCGGAGACGACUUCCUGUUGUUUCCUCAGGACAGCCAGGACAGCUCGUCAAUCGGCUCCGGCUCCAACUCGCUGGACGACACGCUUACACAGAAGAGAAGCAGCACUAUGAAAAGGUUGCCUUUCAUGAGGAACAGAUCCAAGGACAAAGACAAGGCCAAGGCCAUCUACCGACGCUCUAUGUCCAUGAAUGACCUGCUGCAGACGAUGGCAGUGGCGGGUGUUUCUGGGCCACAGUGGGCAGGUAGCACGGACAACCUGGAUGAACCUGGACGGGGGGACGUCUGCGUGAGCGGCAGCAGCAAGCGUGGUGGACAGCGCAUGAAAGAGCUCGCCCUGUCCACCAACGCCAUCGACUGUGCUGUCCUGAGCCUGCCCCCCACAGGACAGAGCAGAGCCAAGCACCGGCUUCAGGUCAAAGAAAAUGCUUCCUGCGAGGAUGUUGCAGGCUCCUCGGAUGACCCCAAAAGUCAAGGCCUGCAGGGGUCUAGCAGUGCACUUGCUUUGUGUCGUCCUCUUGAGCUGAGAGCUAUGUGCAGAGUGCCCUGUAGCAUCUGUACCUCCAGACCCUCCAGUCUCCAUAGCAACAGGACCACCAGUAGCAAUAGUAACAAUAACUCGCAUCUCGCUUCUCCUCUGGAGGGCAAAGGCACGUUGAACGGCCGCCUCAGCAGGCCUCAGAGUGAGAGCAGUGGGGAGUUCAGCCUGAGUCUGGACCAGGAGGUGUGGUCCAGUAGUGGCAGCAGCCCUGUCCAGCAGCCCACCUCCUCUCGCUCCUCCCACCAGAGCCCCCUGCAGCUGUGCAGGCCUCUGGAGCCAUCCGGUUCCACUGGCAGCUCCGGUCCUUCGCAGGUCAAGAAAAUGGCGUCCCCCAGCGAAGUUCUUUCCCUGCAGCAGUUCUUGGACGAGGGUAUUGAUCCUGCAGAGUCUGGCAGUCAGGAGAACCUCACUGUAGACUCUCCUCGUCUCUCCACCUCCUCUGACCAUGUGCCAAAAGAACGCACUUGUACUAAGGGCCGGGGCAUCCUGCGCUCAUCCAGCGGGAAAGCAGCACUGAGCAACGCUAACCGGCUGCAAAGCUCCUCGGGGCAAACCACCCGCCCUUCCCUGCGGAAGGCUGAGAGCACCCGCGUAAAAGGCUCUGCCCCGAUCCGCUCCAGUCUGUCCUCCCAGGGCAAGGCCACAUCCGUCUCAGAGCGCCUGGACUCGUCCUCCUCCACGCUGCCUCGGGCCAGCAGUGUCAUCUCCACCGCCGAAGGUACCACACGGCGCACCAGCAUCCACGACCUGCUGUCCAAAGAUCACCGGCAGCCCGUUUCUGUUGACGCCUCUCCUCCCGUCCCCUCCCCCAAGGCUGGAGUUCGCUCGCAGCCGACACCCAGUGAGUACCACCCCAACAGCACCCGCUUCCAAGGCCCCGUUUCCACCACCUCCCUUAUGCCCAAAUCCCUCAGCUUACCCUGCAGUAGCUCGGAGGACCCAGACCUGACCAGCCUCCAGUCCUUCCUCGGCCCCUCCUUCACUGUAGAGUCAGUGUUCAUGAACUCCAUCUUUAGUGAGUCAGCAGAAACCCUCCCCUUCCUGUCCCUGAACCCCACCCUAGUCAGCAACAUCAGUGGGCCUCCUGUCACAAAUAAAUCCCACCCUCCUCCUGCGCCAAACCACAGUCAGAACCAGAACCCUCCCAGUCCACUCAAUGAGCAGAUGAGAUCCAGCUCAGACCCAGCUCAGUAUGGAGCUGAUCCCAGUUUAGGGAACGAUUCGGAUCUGACUCUGAGCGCAGAGGAGAACCAGUCUCUGUGGUACGAGUACGGCUGCGUGUGAUUCACUGCUCUCAAUGAUCACGACUCUACUGAACUAGGAGGAAAUGAAAGAACGGGAGACAUUGUUUCAGCUUCUCUGCAUGUGUUUAUCACAACGCUCUUUCUUGGUGGAUCAUUUUCUGUUUGUUGUGGUGCUGAUUUUUUUUUUUGUCCUCUCCUUUUUGCUUUCAAGUUAAGACUUGAACUGCUCCUU